AUUUCAUCGGCUGUCCCCUCUACGACCGCUUAAGGAAUGAGAAGGAGUUCGGAGCAGUUUACGUCUCGGGGCUGUUCGCAGGUGCAGUGGCAGAGACCCUCACCUGUCGGAACCGGGCUACACCUCUGGUUGGCGCCAGCUCUGGUGUCAUGGCUUUGCUGGCCAGCCUCUCCGUCCUGGAACCUAAUAGGUGGUGGUACAUGCUAUUCCCAAUACCCGGAGCCACACUCUCUUCCAUGCAGUUGGCGGACAUCAACCUUGCCGUCCACCUUGUCGCAGCUCCUGCUAUCUUAUACCGUCAGUGUUCUCGAAGAUUUCCUCCGCGUUUUGGGAGUAACGUAGCAUACGUUGGGCACCUAGCCGGCAUCCUGGCCGGUUAUGCCGCGACCAAAGCCAUCCAAUGGCAUCAUCGUGACCAGGCUCUGUUCCCACACGAGACCUGGUGGGAGUCGCAUAAAAGAUACGCCCUUCUACACUGGAGGUUCUCUGCCGAAGAUGCGGAUGAUCUCGGGGAAUGGAUGCUUUGUUGGUAUCGGGCACGACAGGCUCAUAAUGCAAACGAGCGACGGUAUCACAAGCGGAAGAUGGAGGUAAUCUCAGAAAGAAGGCAGCAACGACGUUCAUGCCUAAGCUGAGUGCCAUAACGCUGCGUUUACCAGUUCUCUCCGCCAUACCAUAAGUCCUUUCCACCACUGCA